CCACAAUGGAGACACUCAAUUUUGAUCUCGGUACAUUAGAUGAAAUAUUUGGAGAUAUGUCCGAAGAUGAACUUGAAACGCCACCCCCUUGUCAGGCCUAAAGAAAGACAUGCAAUAGGCAGAUUUAGCUCUAGCAUAAUGUAUGUUUAAGAUGAUUUUGAUUUUUUGAAAUAAUCUCAAGAAACAGUAUGACAACUCGAUUGAAGAAAAAGAUUAAAACAUAUGCUGGAUUGUUUUUGUCUGUCGGUUUCUUUGUUUUUGGUGUUUACCACUUGAUACCGUGUGCGGCAGUCUCAAAUAAAAGGACGUUUGUGUAUACGUGCAAAAAGGGGGUGUUAUGUGGAGGCUGGGCCGACCGACAAAAGGGUUUAAUAGCUGUUUAUCUAUUGGCUAAUGCUACCCAAUCUGGAUUUAAAAUAGAGAUUGACAAACCUUGUGACGUAACCUCAUUUUUACAACCGAAAUCACGAGAUUGGAGACUGGAGAAAGAUAAGACAAAGAAUCUGUGUACAGAAGAAAGUGCUUAUAUAGACGGAUACGGGAGAGAACUCCGUCAAAAUCUAAAAACAAAAAACAUUUCAGAUUUCUUCAAUAAGGAUAUUAAUUAUUUAACAAUAAAUAGUGAAUUUAGUCAUUAUAUUCGGCAAAACAAACUUUACAGCCACAGUUUAAAUUGGUUAAAAAGACUUAGCAUGGGGCAAAUAUUUGCUACAAUUUGGCAGGAAAAUAUGGCACUUACCGCAGACUUGAAAAGAAUUUAUAAAAACUUUAUAAAAAGAACUGACGGCAGGAAAUUGGUUUGUGCUCAGGUCCGAAUUGGACGCAACCCGUCCAUACCCAGCGAUACCGUUAUACGUAAUGAUAUUGAUCACGUAAUUAAAAUUUUAGAUUUUUUUCGAAAGUAUGAUGAUCCUAAACUUUUUAGAAUAUUUGUAACAACUGAUGCUGAACAAGUCAGAGUAAAAGUUAAGCAAUCAUUCCCAGACGUUGUCAUAGAUACAGAAGGUGUUAUAGCACACGUGGACCGAGAACAGGACCAAAAGAAAUCUUGUGAGGGAUUUAGGAAAGUUAUUUUAGAUCAGCAUAUUUUAAGUACCUGUAAUGUGCUGGUGAUUAGUUAUAGUGGUGUUGGACGUCAUGCUGCCUGGAUCCGAGGUACACCAACAGACUUGUUUUGCUUUAUUGGCGGGAACGUUAUUCCAUGUAAUUUCACUCAUGAUAUGUUUCAGCCGUCCAUCUGGUGAGGUCAUACACCGUCUGGUGUGUUCAUCUAGCCCACGGGGGGGGGGGGGCUGGGGUCACGGUGGCUAAGUAGGUAAGACGCUGGCUCGCUAGCCUGGAGGUCGGGUGUUCGAUCCCUGCAUUAGCCGAGAAUGUCAGUCCAGAUUUUCCGGCGUGGUGCCCCCUUGUCAGUGAUGCAGGACGGAGGGACUGACAGGGACAGUCGUCUAGUUGGGACGAAAAACCGAGGUCCCGUGUACAUAAAAGAUCCCUUGACAAUUGGAAUUCGAUAUAAGAGUAGACUGUACUGCCGUUACCCAGGCAAAAUUUCCCUCAUAAUACAUUGUAUGGCUUAUGCCCGUCUUCAUUAGCCCAGUUCGGAGCAGAACAGUAGGACGUUAAACCCCAUUUCAUUUCAUUUACCUAGCCCGCGUGUUGAAAAUCCGAUUCCAUAAUUCCAUCCCCGACAUUUUGUCUUUAAGUUUGAAUAUCAGUUAUCAUUCCACCUAGAUGCAUUUAAGAUUUGUAUAAGCAAUAACUUUGGCCUUGGCUCAGGUUCUAGAUUUUCUUUAUUUUAUUCUGAGUAUAACCAGACACUGGAUGAAUAUACUAACACGCGAGUCUUACGGCUUUACCACAGGCUAUGAAUAGUGAUAAUAUCAGUGAUAUUCUGGGUACUAUAGAUUGAAAAUGAAUAUGAAAUGAAUGGGGUUUAACGUCCUAUAUUUCUGCUCCGACUGGUCUAUUUUAGAGGUACAUAUGCCCAAUCUGAUUAAAAUACAGAUCUAUAUUUCGUUUCGUUUUUUUAUACUUUCGAUGGCCUACACUACAUGAAGGUCUGACAAGUUAUAGCGAUAGGUCACGUCAGGGGUCAAAAGACCGACUUAUGACCUAUGACGUCGGACAUUUGAUUAACCAAUCAGCAUUGAUGUUAAUAGUGGAUUACCCACAGUUCCGUGCAAAACACGCCCAAGCUCGCCGUAACAGACCGUUUCAUUGGCUUAUCCCUGACAUCAUUCAGAACACGAGUUAAAUAACAACUCUUCCAGAUCCAAGUGUAGUCAGGCCCGUAGCCAGCUUGCUAGCUUCGGAGGGGCA